GGUUGCAACAUCACACGUCUAGAACGUCGCCAUCACACUCAACAUGGUGCUUGCACUAGCAUUGAAAGCAGAACUCAAUGGGGUAACAGACCUCCGCCCCAACGAUACGGAAGAAGCACCUUUCUUCUAUACCUUCAAAGUUCAAUGCACGUCAUGUCGCGAGAUACACCCCAAUUUCGUAACAGUCAACCGGUUUGAGAUGAACGAGCAAAGCGGCAGUAAAGGCGAGGCAAAUUUCGUAUGGAAAUGCAAGAACUGCAAGAGGGAGCACUCAGCCAAUAUCAAGGCUGCGCCCGCAUCUUAUCCGCAAAGUGACCCCCCCAAGAUGAUCAAUAUACUCGAGUUCGACUGCAGAGGAUUGGAGUUCACUGAAUUCAAAGCUGAAGGCGAAUUCCUUGCCACGGGUAUCGAAUCCGGCACCAAGUUUUCUGGCAUAGAGCUACCUGAUGGUGAAUGGUACGAUUACGAUGAAAAAGCUGGUGAGGAGGUCAGCAUCACAAAUGUACAGUGGGAGAUUCGUCGUGCAUGAAGAUAUCUAGUAUAGGCUGGCAAAUGGGUAGACCUCUAACCACAUCUCCAUACCCAGCUAAUAACCCCUUAGUCUACACCCGUCUACUCUGUGCGCUCGACUUCUACUUCCUAGCCUACUUUAGCCCCUUCUUAGUCGCGAGCCUAAACCUGUAUCUUCAAAGUUCACAACUCCUACAGCCAGCAGCUUCUCUUUCGAUACCUAGCCGUUAUUAAAAUCCUAAUUGAAAUUGUAACU